CUGUGUAAAUUUGUUUAAAUUCUCAAUAUUUUUCAAUCUAUAAUAUUCUGCAGAAGAGAAUCGUGCUGCUUUAUAGUCUAAUCGUAGUUUCACUGUUCUGUACAGCAUGUGAUUGGCUGAUCACUACUGAUGUCACACCUAAAUUCAUAAAAGCCUGAGUUGAUAGAGAAAGUUGUUGAUCAGCGUCAUGGUACCAACAAAGCCUGAUUGGAUUGGAUUGGUUUUGUCAAUUCGAAACUAAUCCUGUAACCCUUAGUUUGUACAACUACCAUCAUGGUAUGGCCCCAGGUUGGAUUUAUAGGGAUUUGUCAACUCUAAACCUACUCUGAAACGCAGAGUUUGCUCAACUAGCUUCAUGCAACAGGCCUCAGGCCUGGUCCUCUUUCGUCUAUCACUGUCGUCACUCCUCCUUUUCUCCUUCCGAAGUACCGCAUGAGACUUGAUCCAUUCCCGCGGCUCUCGGACCCACCCUGCUUGCCACAAUCAUUAAUAUCAAUAUCAUUAUUUGUAAUAUUGGGCACUUAUUGUCUUCAUUUUGUACUCUGUAGAAGGCGCUUGCCCUAUAGCAUCUGUGGAUUGCGACAAAUGAAGGCAAAUUAAAACACAUUGGGUAGUACUACAGUAUGUUCUCUUGUACAUUUUAAAACAGUUAAAAACUGUUUUUGUGCCAUUAUGAUAUCUUUAAUUAUCUGUUUAAGUUUUUCGAGGAUGAAUAUUUGACAGAAACUAUCACAAAUAGUCUAUCUUUCACAAUUUGCCCAACAUGAAUAAGUAGUUUAAGUGUUGAUAAACUGGAAUAUUAGUUCCACUUUAAUGAUAAGACCCACUUUAAUGAUAAAGCCAAUUUAAUCUCGGUAUGUAAAACUGAAUCUGAAACCACAAUCACUGAAAUCCCCAGUUUUCCCAACGGACUGUCCUUUGUGAAAGCAAAAGUACACAGUUCUGUUGGAACAGAUCCACGCUGCAGCAUCUUUGUCGCCUAUAUAAAGCAUACGGCUUCAGCUAUUCCAUCAGACCAUUAACAGACCUGAACUUGAAGCAUCUGGCAUUUCAACAGGAUUACUGAAAACAGACUAAUUGCAAAAUAGAGAAGCCAUGGAUUCCAAAAUGUCAAAGACAACUCAAAGUCUCACCACUGCUGAGGACAUGAGGAACCAAACCAAACUUAUGAUGCAGCCCUAUGCCAACUGGGAAGAGUAUCUCACUCCAGCACCUCUGUCUAUCGCCAUCCUGGGAGAGCUGGUUUUCAUCUCGUCCUCAACAGAUUUCUCCAUCAAUAAAAAUCCUCCUAAAGAUGGCUACAAAUUCAUCAAAUACCCUGAUUCCUUUCGAACUUGUCUCAUGCAAGUGUGUAACUCUGGUUGGUGGGCAUUUAAUGAGGCCCAUACGAGCAUGGAUCAAAUUCGCCUCCAUACUGCCCAAGUUCCAGAUUACAUGAAGACAGCUGUGAAGAUUCUGUUCCAAGGUGAUGAUGAAGUUGUCACAGCACAUCUUCCUGAUCAGCUGGAGAAUAUCAGAGUCAUUGCAGAUGAAUGUCUGCGGUUGUCUGAUGCAACUGAAAAGCGUUUCACUGAUGUCAUUAGUAUCAUCCAGGAGCUGCUAGAAGCAUGUGUGAAUGCAGAGCACUUCUAUGGGGAAGAGAUGGAAGCAAUCAAGAAGAAACUAGAAGAGGGCAAACUGAGGCAGCAGUCAGCUGAAGAAACCAAAAAAAGGACUGAGAAGGCAGUGAAGGCCAUGGAAAGGGAAAUGGAUGAGGCUCAUGAGAGCUACAAGAAAGCUCUGGAUUCUCUCCCUGAUGGAUGGAACAUGGUUGGCAUGGAUUUUGUUGGUGGGAUAACACAGAGCAUGACAGGUCUGGUUACUGGACUUACAUCUGUUGUUACUCACCCAGUGAGAAUCAUGUGCUCUGCAACAACAACGAUGGCUGAUACUUGGAGCCACAUUAGAGAUCAGGAAAGUGUAAGGGAUGUGGUUGCUGAAAUAAAUGUAUAUAGUAAGUCUGCUGAAAUUUUAAAUUGUGUGCAAAUUAUCCAGGAACUAAUGAAUGUGUAUAGUGAGGAUGAUGACAUUGACUGGACAAAACUGUAUGAUCAGAAACACAAAAAUACAAAAACGGAUUUCACAACAAAACAGUUUGUAAGAAUCCAUGAUGAUUUAAAGAAAAUCCCUGACUGCCCAGCAAAGAAACAUGCUAAAAAGUUAUGCAAAGAGGGAAUGGAAAUAUGCAAGCAACUGGAAAAAUAUGCACCAGAUGGCAAAUGUGACAAAGACGAAAGUGAGAAGAUAAUUCAUGAAGUCUUGGAAUUAGUCGAGUUGGCCCGUGUUUUUGAUUGCAAAAGCAAAGACAUCACAAAUUCUCCAGCCAUUUCUCCAAAACUACCAAUGAUGCAAAAAGAAGCAAACAAGUCAGAGAACACAAGUGCUUCACAGAAGGCCACAGAGAAUUCACGAUUCACCAUAGAGCAGACCCGAGCUCAGAUGAACAAGACUAGAGAGACCUAUGAGAAGUGUGUGGAGAACCUAGAGAAGAACCAGAAGGAACUAACUGAUAUCCUGGUCACUAUGAGAAACUGUGAACUGAAAGAGAUUGACUUCAAAACCACAACAGAGAUGCUGGUCAAAGGAAUGGAUGCCAUGGGGAGAGUGAAAGAGCAGUGGGAGAAGAUGGUUCGCUUCUUUCAGAUGGUUUCCAACAUUGUAAAAACCAGCCUGAGCAAAACUCUCAAAAACUUUGUCUCAACAUCAGAGAAAACACAAGCCCUCUCCUACAAUGCAAAGCUCUUCUCAAAAGAUCUGCUGUACAUUCAAGCCUUCCAAGCCUGUAACAUUGCUGGUCUGGUCCAUAUGAUCUCUGGAACAUACACAGAUGUUUCCAACAAGUACCUGAUGGACCAUGUCAGUUCACUGGGCAAACUGAUGGCCAUGGAUAAAAGUAGGCCAGAAUUCGAGCAUGAGCGACAAGAGCUCCAGAACUCCUGUGAUGAGGCACAAAAAGGCAUCUUAAGGCUUGUCCUGGAGAAUAAAGAGGAGUUUGACAGGAAGAGCACUGCAAGACUUGAAAGGAUCGAUCGAGAGCUACUUGCCAUUUUGCCCGCUGCUCCUCCAGAGCAAAUCAAGAGUAUUCAUGAGGCUGUUCAAGCUGGAUACAGCGAAGAAGAAGAAGCAUCAUACUACUGAGAGAAUCUACCAAAUAUGUAUUUUAAUGCUUGCUAAAAGAUCAUAUAGUUAAGAUCAAAGCUUUUCUGCUCAGUAACAUGUAAUAGUCAUGACAGCUCAAUUUAUCUGCACUAACAGAAGACAACUGAUACUGAAUACUGAAAUGUUUAGCACUCUUUCAAUCCAAAUACGACUAGUUUGAGAAGAUUUUAAAAGCUGGUUUAGAAAAAGUGUUUCUUCUGUUUAAAUUUAAUUUCAUAUCAUAAGAAUAUAAUAAUAUCAUAUAACCAGCUUGAAAAUGAUUAUUGCUAAAACAUAUUAUGCAUGAUUGUAUGAUAUUUAAUGGAAAGUGGAUGUGACUGGAAAUAUUUGCUUUUAAUAAAUUGUU